GCGUGCGUGCCGUUGCCGUUGGGGUUUCUUUGGUUCACCUCGUGCUUCCCCCGCCCACGUGACCCCCGCCGGCCAGGCGGCGGGUUGUUGACGCGUCGCCUAGAGACGGGCGCGAGGCCGGGCACGCGUGCGGCCCCGCCCGCAACGGACCGCGCGGCGCGAGCCUGACGGGGGGCUCUGGGGGUGAGGCGAGGCGGCGGCCGGCCUGCGGGGGGCAAAGCGCCCGGGGCGGACAAGAAGAACGGGUGUCUGUAUUUUGCUUGUUGUCCAUCGUGGACGCUGGUGGGGAGAUGGUGGUGGAGAAAGCGGGCUCAAGCCCCUCCAAGACCGUAGGUGACAGGUCCCCUCAGCAGCGGGAGCCACUGGGGCACGUGAAGAAAACCAAGCAGCAGGUCUGCGAUGGAUUCACUAUUAAAGCCAUGAUGAAAAACACUGUGGUAAGAGGGCCUCCACUUGCAGGAGCAUUUAAAGAAAGACCGACAAAGCCCACAGCAUUUCGCAAGUUUUAUGAGCGAGGAGACUUCCCAAUUGCCCUUGAGCAUGAUACCAAAGGAAACAAAAUCAACUGGAAGGUAGAGAUUGAAAAGCUGGACUAUCAUUACUAUCUACCUUUGUUUUUUGAUGGGCUUUGUGAAAUGACGUUUCCAUAUGACUUUUUUGCUCGUCAAGGAAUCCAUGACAUGCUGGAACAUGGUGGAAACAAGAUUCUUCCUGUCGUUCCUGAGCUCAUUAUUCCAAUAAAAAAUGCACUGAGCCUUCGUAACCAACAGGUCAUCUGCGUCACGCUGAAAGUCCUCCAGCACCUGGUAGUGUCGGCUGACAUGGUGGGGGAGGCCUUGGUGCCCUAUUAUCGGCAAAUCCUCCCAGUCCUAAACAUCUUUAAGAAUAUGAAUGUUAAUUCAGGCGACGGGAUAGACUACAGCCAGCAGAAGCGUGAAAAUAUCGGAGAUCUGAUUCAAGAGACACUGGAAAUCUUUGAACGCUACGGUGGAGAAACUGCUUCUAUAAACAUUAAAUACAUGAUCCCUACUUAUGAGUCGUGCAUGUUAAAAUGAGCUGUAGCAAAUGGGAUGAUUCCAUUUGUGUUCUAAUAAAACUGUAGCUGACUCUGUGUGGCAUCUUGUUAGUCAUGCUUUUUUUUAUCUACAGCUGCUAAAAUAGUGGCUUCUGGGGCAUCAGAGUGUUAGCGCUAUUGUGAACGAGGCUUUCCAAUACAUAAAUAGUGCCUGUUCCUUUGAUUACAAUGGUGUACUGUGCUUGUUUGUUCCCUGAAAGAAUCGCUCCUUUAUAACAGAGCUGACUCGAGCAGGAAUCGGAGUUAAACCUUCGCUUGUAUAGACAAUAAAACUAUAAUUUUCAUACGCAAUUCAGCAAUUGCUGUUCUGUGUCCGCUUGCCCUGAGGGUGAUGUCAGAGGCUGUAACAAGAAGAGUUUAUGCUGACUGCUUAAUAGGUGUUUGUCAUGGAAGAGAAACACCAGUUCAGCAAUGCCUCUCUAGCAGCUGUGCCGAAUAAUGCGCACUGACAUACAAUAAAACUGUUGAAUGUAUAUACUAAUUACAGUGGGGAAAUUUAUAUGCUCCAUUAUAAAGUAUUGUCAUUAAAUUAAUUCAUGUUUCUUGCACACGCCUGCUCUCGGCUUCCAGGUGUUUACCUUUUCAUGGAACUUGGGUUCCUCUUGGUGAACAUCAGGCACAACCGCAAUUUUGAAGAAAAGAAGCCCAGACAAAACUUCAAUAAAUCGGAUGGAAGAUGGAGCGUACAUAAUGUAUCAGUCCCUAACAACACAGUUAAUCUGGGUGAAUACAGUAUAUACACACAUAUUUGUAAAAGGCGCUGGGUAUUUUUGUAACUGCAAGGUUGUUAUUGCUUUUCUGUUAUUAUUAUGGUAUAUAUGCGUACAAACAGUGUAACUAUUGUUACAGAAAUCCCUUACAAUUUCCUACUCAGUUAGUUUCUCCCUGCAUACCCACAACACGGAAUUGAUAUAAUCAUGGAUUUAAGCAAGGCUAUUGAGAUUGACUUUAUUGCUUUUUAAGCAUUUCUAUGGAAUAAAUCUACAAAAAAUAAAACAAGUUUUACAGUCCUCAAGGACAACCAUUUAAAAAUACUGAGUCAGCUCAAAACAAAUCAGGAGAUACGAGCUUUGUCUAAAAAGCAAGAUAUUUCUAAAAGCACAGACUUUGGGCUCACUUUGCUUACAUUCUGGUUUCUGGAAGCCCUUAAAAUAUAUGCAAGUUGCACUGUCAAGUGUUUCUCUGUAACUGUUAGAGCUCAAAACGCACUCUUUGGUGUUAGACGCAUGAAACCUUAUUCCAAGUGCUUAUCCACAUCCAUAUUCACACCCUACAAGGCUCGCCUGGGUGAGAGACACAGCCCCUCUGCUGCCCUGUUCCCUCGGGUGCGUACUGGAAGUGUGGGGAGCACCUUCCCACUGCUGAAAUAUCGAGCUGGAACUGCCGUUAGACUGACGUUAGACUUGCCUUUUUCUGUUCUGUGGGAUCUUUAGCUCAAGCGUUUUUUUUCUUUUACUUUCUGCUCUUUCCUGUAAAAAAAAAAGUUAAAAGGAAGAUAUUUACUCUUCCUGCUCUUUCAGGAACUGCAGCAUCAAGCGAUGCCACCGGCCAUGAACACUCCCCAGUCCCUGGUUUAGGCACGGCUGCUGCAGGUGUACCUUUUUCCCAGGCUCCAGAGACCUUCCAUUUGUUUUUUGGUUCUUUCUGAGUUUUCUUUUAUGCGUUGCCAGGGCUUCCCUCAAGUCCCUAGAGUUUAGGCAGUGUCUGUCCUGUGACUAACACACACCUGUGAUUGAUGGAUGAGCAUAUCCAACAUGCUGUCUCACAUCUAGGCUACCUGUAAAUCUUUCACCUCCUGGUCAGAAAGGCAGGUGAAGCCUGGCUGUAGGCCUGUAUCUUGGUAAAAUCAAGAGCUUUGUCUUCAAACCGUGCAGCGCAGAGUCUAGCAAGAUACUGCAGGGGAGCUAAGGCCAUAUCGUCCCUUCCAAAAAUGCCUUUCUACACAGCCACCCUGGCACUAUCAGCACAGCCUUUGCCUACAGUUUCUCACUCCGUUUCCCCUCAGCAGACCCCUGUCCUCCAUCGUCCCUGGCACCGAUGAGCCAUACUUUCUCAUUUACUGGCAUCUAUGGGUUUGGUUACUGUGGCACUGCAGGUUUCCCAUGAGUACAAAGUGUGCUGGAGGACUGCCGCUCGGAGUGAGCCGAGUUAUUCAGCUCGGAAACAAACCAGACCCUUCAUAAAAGGAAAAAUCCCAGGCCACCUUUCACUCCUUAGCUAUUUGUAUUCUGUCCUUAAGAGAAAGCUCAGUACUGCUCUUUGCCUGAGAUCAAAAAACUCCUCAAUAGCUGGCUUCAGUUCCCCCGCCACUGGGCUCCAGCCACAGCGCUGCUCGCAGAAGGGACAGUGCGGGAAAGGGCUCUCGUCCCUGGGAUUUCCCCAUCCCAUCACCCCUCUGCAUCCUGGCAGCGCUGCUGAGGACGAGAUGAAGUUGCAGGCUCCUCACCAGCUUUGUAACUCUAUUCCCUGACUCACUCUUUUUUGCGUCCCCUCCCCUUUAGCUCAACUAGGACAAGACUACUGACUGACAGAGACACCAUGGAAAACGGGUACUUGGUGCAGCUGCAGACUUGCCCAGACCUGAUCCCCUCAGCCCUGUGCUUUUCUUCAAUAUUUCUUUUACAAGACAUCAUUGCUUCAACAAGGAGUGACCUUAUUGCAAACCAUAAGGGCAAUACAGGUCACACCCGCUCACAUCAGGAAAAAUAGGUUUUACAGCGAAGUGCUUUUACUUGCACUUUCAGGCUGGGAACAUGAGCCUCUAUCGUACUAUUUCUAUGAGUGGGCCAUUGCUUUAAAAGUGAACAAUCUCCCAUAACCUUGUUAAUCCUAGGAGCUGCACUGAUAAAAAGAAGCAUGAUGAAAACCACAGGUUUGUAAUUCAGGAACAUUGAGAAUAAAAUUAUUUAAGAUGUCAUUUUACUAAGUCAAAGUGUAGGCCUGCCAACCUUGACAGUGUCCCUUUAAGCACGAUCAGCAGCAUAUUUAUAGGCAAUUACGGCACAGCUCAGAGCACUUUAUAAAGCACAAGAUCAAGGACCCAGGUGCUUAAGCAUAUGAGUAAUACUAUGCCAUUCAAUACUCUCCCUAGCUAUUUUACUAUGCUCAAAAAAUGGAAUUGUGGUUAAAAAAUAGCAACUGCCUUGCCUUUCACCAGAUCAUACAAUUGUGGUCACUGACACUAGGGGCAAACCAAUCAACAGUUUCUAAUUGUAAUCAAUUAAAAGGCACUCUGGGCCAGGUGUUUGAAGGGGUAUAAAUUAAGCAUAAUGCCAUUACAGGUAACUUGGCUUUACAGAGUUGAUGUGGUUUGUGUCUUUUCUGAGGGCUGCCGCUUUCUAGUUCUCUGGCCACCACAAGGUAAGUGGUGUCAGUAAAGGACCUUAUGGAUAAUAAGUCAAGUCAUAAGUGCUUGUUUUCUGAGACUGAAUGUUUGGGAUGUCUUUAGUUUAUCUUGAUAAACAUGUUAGAUAUGUUGGCUGGCGGUUGUUUAGCUUGAAGAAUAAAAAGCAUAUGUAAACACUGGGGGGAGAAAAAGCUACCUGUGGCCUUCUUUGUCUUGCAUGAUCCUCAA